AUGCAAAGUUCGCGUAAUGCAAUAGAUAUCAGCAGUGCCUCGGUGGUUGAUCUCAAAGCGGAGCUUUUUAAACAAAAAGAAGAAUUCAAACAGCAAAAAGCUGCAGCUGGUGAUCAACCAAUAUCUGCAGCAUCUCGGUUAAGAGGAAAAAAACCAGGGACAUGGGUUCGUCAAAAUAAAGGAGUUGGCGAAAGGGCAAAGCGCGACCAAGCUUUUCUCGAUGAAGUUGGAGAACCAUCUCUUGAAGCGAGUCGAAUAGCCUUAGAGAAAAAAGCAAAAUUGUAUGACAAGUUGAAAAAGACAGGAAUAGAAGAUGAAACACUUGCCGAAGAGAUAUUAGUAGAUUUUGAUCAAUACGUUGAUGAAUUUGGACGUACGCGCAUAGCAAGGAAAAGUCAAGUCCCAAAAGAACCAUUACCGCCACUCCCUUCUAGUAGUAACAUAUCACUAGAGGAUGGCGACGAAUAUCAACCUACAAUGAUGUCGGCUGAUAUGUAUAUGGAGCAAGAACGGCUACAAUGGGAAAAAGAAGCUUUAGAAGAGUUGAAAAAUCCUCAGCAUUAUGACGAGACUAAAGAAAUUCGAACAAAGGGUGUGGGGUUCUAUCGGUUUUCAAAGGAUGAACAAGAACGUCAGGAGCAAAUGCGUGCAUUGAAAGAGAUGCGAAAUGAGACUCUACAAAGACGGUCACUCAAGCAAAAUAUCAAAGAUAAGCGAAAAUUACAAAUAGAAGCACGAAUGGCGUUAAUUCGUGCCAAGAAAUUAAAAACCACUGAAGCUCCAGAUUCUUCGAGUAGCACUGGCACCAUUAUAUCUGAAACCCUACCAUCAACUGAUGAUAAUAUUUCAACCUUGGCAGAAUCAGAAGUUCGUGAAGAAGAUAAUGAAAAGGCUGUUAUCGAUUUAUUGGCGAGUAUAAGAAAGCAGGUAGUGCAAAAGAAGUAA